AUGGACACUUCCAUAGGUUCUGAAAAUUCAUUUGGAGGUAAGGUUAUUGUUUUUGGUGGUGAUUUUCGACAAAUUCUUCCUGUUGUCCCCAAUGGUGGAAGACAAGAGAUAGUGAAUGCCUCGCUUUGUUCGUUAUAUUUAUGGAGUAAAUGCAAGUUGCUAAGGCUAACAAAAAACAUGAGAUUAACCAUUGGACGCUCUACAUCUGAGAUUGAAGAUAUCAACAAUUUUGCCAAGUGGCUUUUGGAUUUGGGUGAGGGAAAUGUUGGUUGUCCUAAUGACGGGGAAGCAUCAAUUGAAAUACCACCGGAUCUUCUAAUUAACGACACCUCUGAUCCGAUUUCAUCUUUAAUUGAUUUCGUUUACCCUUCAAUUUUAGAUAACUACAACAAUCAUAACUACUUUAGCGAGAGGGUUAUACUUGCGCCUAAGAACGAGGUUGUGCAUGAGAUAAAUGACAGGUUGUUAGCGUUAUUCCCAGGCGAAGAAAGAGAGUAUCUAAGCUCCGAUAGUCUUUGUCAGACUGAGAAUCCUAAUUCAACACAGCAGAAACUAUACUCACCAGAUGUGUUAAAUGGUCUUAAAGUAUCAGGUUUGCCUAAUCACAGGUUAGUACUCAAAGUUGGUGUGCCAGUAAUGCUAUUACGUAACAUUGACCAACAAAAUGGUUUAUGCAACGGUACGAGGUUACAGAUAAAAAGAUUAUACAACCGUGUCAUAGAAGCAGAAAUCAUAUCUGGAGGAAAUAUCGGCACUCGCACCUACAUACCGAGACUUAAUUUGAUACCUUCAGACAAAAAGAUUCCUUUUGCGUUUCAAAGGAGGCAAUUUCCGAUAGCUGUGUGUUUUGCGAUGACUAUCAACAAAAGUCAAGGUCAGUCGCUAUCAAGGGUUGGUCUGUACUUGAGACAACCUGUUUUUACGCAUGGUCAGUUGUAUGUGGCUUUAUCAAGGGUAAAAUCCAGAGACGGAGUCAAAUUGCUUAUAUUAGACAAGGACGGCAAAACCUACCGAUAA